AUGUUUACUGUUGUGUUAAUUGGCUCAAUAGUUGGAUUCUCUGGUGCAGCAUUGGGUAGUGUGGGAGGUGUUGGGGGUGGAGGCAAUGCUUGCCUUGAUCAUUGGUUUGAUCCCAAGUCUUCCACUGCCAUUUCUAAGUGUAUGAUAAUGGGUGCUGCAGGUUCAACACCAAUGCUCAUGCUGGGCAUCAGCAUAGGAGUUGCCUUCAACGUCAUGUUCGCCAACUGGAUGGUCACAGUUCUACUUAUCAUUCUCUUCUUAGAUUUUCUUCUGAGUUCUGGCAGUUACAGCAGCAAAAGCUUUAAUGAAGGGCAUAGAAACAUGGGAAAAGAGACAAUGAUGAAGAAGGAAGCAGAAAAGCAGUUGGAAUCAGAGUCCAAACCUUUCGGUGAGGCACUGAUAAAGCACUAUAUAUGA